GUUGGACUAACAAACACAGAAAGUCCACGGAACCAUGGACGAUGUAUCACUCCACCAGGAGGAUUCUGGGAACGACGCAACAGCCAACCAGACGGAGGACAACAAAAACAAUCAGACAAAGAGAGAGGCUUCAGCGCAGGAGUGUGACCCACCUAAGAGAGACCACCUGGCGGAGGACACAGUGGAAGGUCAUGUGGUUAAGUCUGGGGCUAAUACGGAGAAAGCUCCGGAACAGGCAGCAGGGGCUAGCAUUGGAAAUGUAGAGGAGUCUCAGCCAGUAACCGACGCCAUUGAGGUUAAUAGUGAAGAGGCUUGUAAGGGUGAGGGAAUGUCUCAAGGUGCAGACACCGGAGAAACAGAAGACCCCAAAGUGGUGAACGGAGAGAAGAAGGGGGAGGGAGAGAAGGAGGAGGAAGAGGACAAGAAUAGAAAGGGUCAAGAGGUGGUCAAGAAUGGAGAGAUUGAGAAAGAGGAUAUGAAAGAGGACAAAAAGAAGGGGGGAGAAAAUAUUGCCAGGAAAAAGGGGAAGGGGGAAAAGAUAGGAGAGGGGAAAACAGAAGAGAAGAUAAAAGGAGAUAAAGGAAAAGACAGAAAAGGGAAGGCACCGGAGAACAAGAGCAAACCAGUAAAAGAAAAGGAAGGGGCAGGAGGAGGAAAGGUUAAAGAGAAAAGCAAGGAGGUGGAGAAGCAAGGAAAGACCAAAAGAAAGAGUGCCGUGAAUCACACCGCCUCUACCCCAUCCUCUGUGGCCCGACCCCGGAGCUCUGCCCGCUCUGCCCGGCCGUCCACUAAAAAGGACAUCAUAGCAAAGUUCCAGAAAAAUGACUCUGAGACACCGGUUGUCCGCAACUUCAAACUUCAGAGAUCAUCUAUGGCUGUGGCAAACGGGGCGUCAAUCAAACAGAAAGUGCUUUCAUGGUGUCAAAACAAAACACGCAAAUAUGAGGGUGUUUCCAUAGAGAACUUCUCAUCAUCAUGGUGUGAUGGGCUGGCGUUCUGUGCACUCAUCCAUCGCUUCUUCCCGGACGCUUUUGACUUCUCAGCGCUGAGAUCAUCUGAGAGAGAGAAGAAUUUCACCCUGGCCUUCAACACAGCAGAGACCAUGGCUGACUGCUGCCCCCUGUUGGAGGUUGGUGAUAUGAUCCUGAUGGGGAACAGCCCGGACCCUAUGUGUGUGUUCACCUAUGUCCAGGCACUCUGUCAUCACCUCUCCAAAAUAGAGAAGGAGAGGAAGGACAAGGAAGAAGAGGAGAAGAAGGGUGAAAAGAUGAAAGAUGAAGAGGUAGAAACCACUACAGAGAAGAAAGAGGAGGAGAGUGAGGAAACUGGGAAGAUAGAUGGUCAACAAGAAGGGGGGGAUGAGGGAAGGGAGAAAGAGAGUGAAGAGAGCUCAGCGGUAGAGAAAGAGCAAGAGGAAAGAGAAGUUAGAGGGUUAAUUGAAGCACAGGCUUAA